GUAGCCGGCAAGUCGAGCCACCCUCAGCACCGGACCCGUCGUCCCCGUCAGCCGCAGCAGCAACUCUACUACCCCCCCGCAUCGUGGGACACGCGCACACCACACUUCAGGAACUGUUAGCACCGAUCAAAAGAAGGUGGCUCAGCUGUGCGCAGCCUAGACAAUGUCCGAAGAUUCUGACUCUAUAUCAGAGGAAGAAAGAAGUUUGUUCCGUCCGUUCACGCGGGAGUCCUUGGCAGCGAUCGAAGCUCGCAUCGCUGAGGAAGAGGCCAGGCAGAAAGAGCUUCAGCAGAGAAGAGCCGAAGGCGAGGGAGGUUAUGGACGGAAGAAAAAGAAAAAAGAAGUACGGUAUGACGACGAGGAUGAGGACGAAGGUCCUCAGCCGGAUCCGAUGUUCGAGCAGGGAGGGCCGAUUCCGGUCCGAAUGCACAACGACUUUCCACCCGAGUUGGCCUCCACACCUCUCGAGGAUAUCGAUACCUUCUACCACAAUCAAAGGACCUUCGUCGUCAUUAGCAAAGGAAAGGACAUAUUCAGGUUCUCAGCGACGGACGCGAUGUGGAUGCUCGAUCCGUUCAAUCCAAUACGACGGGUGGCCAUUUACAUAUUGGUCCACCCGCUCUUUUCCCUCUUCAUCAUCACUACGAUAUUGGUUAACUGUAUACUUAUGAUCAUGCCCACUACGCCCACCAUCGAGUCCACCGAAGUGAUAUUUACGGGCAUCUACACAUUUGAAUCCGCCGUUAAGGUGAUGGCGAGGGGUUUCAUUCUGCAGCCUUUUACCUAUCUUAGAGAUGCAUGGAAUUGGCUCGACUUCGUAGUUAUAGCUUUAGCUUAUGUGACGAUGGGCAUAGAUCUAGGCAACCUUGCCGCUCUCAGGACAUUUCGAGUCCUCCGAGCCUUGAAGACUGUCGCUAUUGUACCAGGUCUGAAAACCAUUGUCGGCGCUGUGAUAGAAUCCGUGAAGAACCUGCGCGAUGUGAUAAUCCUGACGAUGUUCUCCCUCUCCGUCUUUGCGCUUAUGGGCCUUCAAAUUUACAUGGGGGUCCUCACGCAAAAGUGUAUAAAAAACUUUCCCGAGGAUGGCUCGUGGGGUAAUCUCACCGCCGAGAAUUGGGAGCGAUUCGUUAGUAACGAAACUAAUUGGUACGUGGACGAGGCCAAAAAUAUGCCCUUAUGUGGAAAUUCAUCGGGGGCGGGGCAGUGCCUUCCCGGCUACACGUGUUUACAAGGGUACGGCGAAAAUCCGAAUUAUGGUUACACGAGUUUCGACACUUUUGGCUGGGCAUUGCUCUCCGCUUUCCGUCUCAUGACUCAGGAUUAUUGGGAGAAUCUGUAUCAACUGGUGUUAAGAUCGGCCGGACCGUGGCACAUGCUCUUCUUCAUCGUGAUCAUCUUCCUCGGAUCCUUCUAUCUCGUCAACUUGAUCCUCGCUAUUGUCGCGAUGUCGUACGACGAGUUGCAAAAGAAGGCCGAAGAGGAGGAGGCUGCCGAGGAAGAAGCUAUAAGAGAAGCCGAGGAAGCUGCAUUGGCGAAGGAGAACAAGCUCGCGGCGCGGGAGGCUGCGGCCGCGGCGAAGGAGGCUGCAGCCGUGGCGAGGGAGGCUGCAGCGGUGGCCGCGGAGCAGAUCGUCAAGUCCCCCUCGGAUUUUUCGUGCCACAGUUACGAGCUGUUCGUCGGCCAGGAGAAGGGCAACGAUGACAACAACAAGGAGAAGAUGAGCAUACGUUCGAUCGAGUCCAUCAGCGAUCAGAGGCACAUCAAGCAGAUCAACAACAAUCACAGCGCUGCCAAUAAAGUGCGAAAAGUCAGCGCCGCGAGCCUGAGCCUACCCGGCUCACCGUUCAAUCUGCGCCGCAGCAGCCGUGGCAGCCACCAAUUUACAAUACGCAACGGCCGCGGCCGAUGCUUCGUCCCGCCGGGCGGCGACCGGAAGCCCCUUGUGCUGUCAACGUACCUGGAUGCCCAGGAGCAUCUACCCUACGCCGACGACUCAAACGCGGUCACGCCUAUGUCCGAGGAGAACGGCACGAUUGUGGUACCGGUGUACUACGCGAAUCUCGGCUCGCGUCACUCGUCAUACACGUCCCACACGUCGCGGCUCUCCUACACGUCCCACGGCGAUCUGGCGUUCCCCGGCAUCCGUGGCAUCGACAGCAUCGGCAAGCAGCUCACCAAGCAGGAGCAGAUCCUCAGGAAUCGUACCAACAAACAGACGACGCCUGUCAACGGCCAUGCUAUGGACACCAAUCAAAAGUCCUAUCACUUUGAAACCGAUUUGGAAGAUCCCAUGGGCAAGACCAAGCAACAAGACAAUCCGUUCAUCGAGCCGUCUCAGCAGCAUACCGCGGUUGACAUGAAGGACGUGAUGGUGUUGAACGACAUCAUCGAGCAGGCCGCCGGUCGCCAGAGCCGGACGCCGGAACAAGAAGUUUCGACCUAUUACUUUCCGACAGACGACGAUGAAGAAGGGCCUACGUUCAAGGACAAGUUAUUGGCCGGAAUAUUCCGUUGUAUCGACAUCUUUUGCGUCUGGGACUGCUGCUGGCUGUGGCUCGAGUUUCAAAAGUACGUGUCCUUGUUGGUCUUUGAUCCGUUCGUAGAGCUCUUCAUCACGCUCUGCAUCGUCGUCAAUACACUCUUCAUGGCGUUGGAUCACCACGAUAUGGACAAAGAUAUGGAGAGAGUUCUCAAAUCUGGCAAUUACUUCUUCACUGCAACAUUCGCUAUCGAAGCGACUAUGAAGCUGAUAGCGAUGAGCCCGAAAUAUUAUUUUCAAGAAGGCUGGAAUAUCUUUGACUUUAUAAUCGUCGCUCUUUCGCUUCUGGAGUUGGGUUUGGAAGGUGUGCAAGGUCUAUCGGUAUUACGAUCAUUCAGAUUGCUAAGAGUGUUCAAGCUGGCUAAAUCGUGGCCUACGCUGAAUCUGCUGAUCUCCAUCAUGGGCAGAACGGUGGGCGCGCUGGGUAAUUUGACGUUCGUAUUGUGCAUCAUUAUCUUCAUCUUCGCCGUGAUGGGUAUGCAGCUUUUCGGCAAGAAUUACAUCGACAACAUGCAUCUCUUCCCGGACGAGGAAUUGCCGAGAUGGAACUUCACCGAUUUCAUGCAUUCUUUUAUGAUCGUUUUUCGGGUGUUGUGCGGAGAGUGGAUCGAGUCUAUGUGGGAUUGUAUGCUCGUCGGCGAUGUCUCUUGCAUACCAUUCUUCUUAGCCACUGUCGUCAUCGGUAACUUGGUCGUCCUGAAUCUCUUCUUAGCUCUGUUGCUGAGCAACUUCGGCUCGUCGAAUCUGUCAGCCCCGACCGCGGACAACGACACGAACAAGAUUGCGGAGGCCAUCGAUCGCAUAGCGCGUUUCAUUAAGUGGAUCAAGCGAAAUAUUCUUUUCAUUGCUAAGUUGAUGCGAGCCAAACUCACCAAUCAGAUAUCCGAUCAGGCGCCAGGUGAGGGACCGUCCAACAGUUGGAAAGAAGAUGGGAUUGAUCGCGAUGGGGACCUAGAUCUUGCAGAUGGCGAAUUGGAUGCAUACAGAGACAAGAAGAGCGCCAAAGAGCUUAAUCAGCUUGAAGUUGCCAUUGGCGAUGGGAUGGAGUUCACCAUUCAUGGAGAUUUGAAAAACAAGCUGAAGAGGGGCAAGCUAUGCAUGAACAAUACGAAGGUUAUCGCGAAUUCAAUAAAUCACCACGAUUAUAGGCUCGACAACGAUUAUAUUAAUCAGAACGAGGAUGAUACCAUCAGUAAUAAAUCAUAUGGCAGCCACAAAAACCGGGCAUUUAAGGACGAGAGUCACAAAGGCAGUAUGGACUCGUUAAACGGCGAAGAGAAGAAAGAUGCGAGCAAAGAAGAUCUGGAUCAGGAAGAAGAUUUAGAAGACGAGUGCGAAGAAGGGGACGAGCUCGACAUCGACAUUAUACAAGCGGACGAAGAUCCUAUUCAAUCGAAUUAUCCUUCCGACUGCUGCCCGGAAAAUUGCUACAAGAAAUUUCCAUUCCUGGCCGGCGAUGACGACGCUCCGUUUUGGCAAGGUUGGGCAAACCUGCGAUUGAAGACCUUCCGGCUGAUCGAGAACAAGUAUUUCGAGACUGCCGUCAUCACCAUGAUCCUUCUCAGUAGCUUGGCCUUGGCUUUGGAGGACGUUCAUCUACAACAACGACCUAUCCUACAGGACAUAUUAUAUUACAUGGACAAAAUAUUUACUGUGAUUUUCUUCCUCGAGAUGUUGAUCAAGUGGCUGGCUCUAGGAUUUAGGAAGUAUUUCACAAACGCCUGGUGCUGGCUCGACUUCAUCAUCGUCAUGCUAUCACUGAUCAACAUGGGCGCAAUCUGGGCCGGCGCAGCCGACAUCCCGGCCUUCCGUUCCAUGAGAACACUGAGGGCCUUGAGACCUUUACGAGCAGUCUCACGGUGGGAGGGCAUGAGAGUAGUCGUUAAUGCCUUGGUCCAAGCCAUUCCAUCUAUCUUCAACGUGUUGCUGGUAUGCCUUAUUUUCUGGCUUAUAUUCGCUAUCAUGGGAGUACAGCUGUUUGCUGGCAAAUAUUACAAGUGUGUCGACAUGAACAAGACGACACUCAAUUACGAGAUAAUACCGGAUCGAAACGCCUGCUUCGCUGAGAAUUACACGUGGGAGAACUCGCCAAUGAAUUUCGAUCACGUCGGGAAAGCAUAUCUGUGCCUAUUCCAAGUGGCGACUUUCAAAGGGUGGAUCCAAAUCAUGAAUGACGCAAUCGAUUCUAGGGAGGUUGGCAAGCAGCCGAUUCGUGAAACAAACAUUUACAUGUACCUCUAUUUCGUGUUUUUCAUUAUAUUUGGAUCGUUUUUUACCCUCAACCUGUUCAUUGGUGUGAUCAUCGACAACUUUAACGAGCAAAAGAAAAAGGCUGGCGGCUCCCUCGAGAUGUUCAUGACGGAAGAUCAAAAGAAAUAUUACAACGCCAUGAAGAAAAUGGGCAAUAAGAAGCCUCUGAAAGCCAUUCCUCGACCGAGGUGGCGACCACAGGCGAUAGUGUUUGAAAUAGUGACGGACAAAAAGUUCGAUAUGAUAAUCAUGCUGUUCAUCGGGCUGAACAUGCUUACGAUGACGUUGGACCAUUAUCAACAAAGCGAAUCGUUCAGCAAUGUUCUGGACUAUCUCAACAUGAUAUUCAUUGUGAUAUUCAGCAGCGAGUGUCUCAUGAAGAUCUUCGCUCUGCGCUACCACUACUUCAAGGAGCCAUGGAACCUCUUUGAUUUUGUUGUUGUUAUAUUGUCAAUAUUAGGUCUGGUGCUCAGCGACAUUAUUGAAAAAUAUUUCGUAUCGCCGACUUUGCUUCGUGUAGUGAGAGUGGCAAAGGUCGGUCGUGUGCUUCGACUCGUGAAAGGUGCCAAGGGUAUCCGAACUCUUCUCUUCGCCCUGGCGAUGUCGUUGCCGGCCCUCUUUAACAUUUGCCUACUGCUGUUUUUGGUGAUGUUUAUCUUCGCGAUAUUCGGAAUGUCUUUCUUCAUGCACGUCAAAGACAAAAGUGGACUCGACGACGUGUACAAUUUCAAGACGUUUGGACAGUCCAUGAUACUGCUAUUUCAGAUGUCAACAUCGGCCGGUUGGGACGGUGUUCUCGAUGGUAUAAUAAACGAGGAGGACUGCCAGGAGCCGAACAACGAAAUCGGCUACCCGGGCAACUGCGGCUCCUCGACGAUCGGGAUCGCUUAUCUGCUCUCGUAUCUCGUCAUCAGCUUCCUGAUCGUCAUCAACAUGUAUAUCGCCGUGAUUCUCGAGAAUUACUCGCAGGCUACCGAAGACGUGCAGGAGGGCCUGACGGACGACGACUAUGACAUGUACUACGAGAUUUGGCAGCAGUUCGAUCCGGACGGCACGCAAUAUAUCAGAUACGACCAGCUAUCGGACUUUCUCGAUGUAUUGGAACCCCCGUUGCAGAUACAUAAGCCCAAUAAAUACAAGAUCGUGUCGAUGGAUAUCCCCAUAUGUAAGGGUGACCUUAUGUUUUGUGUGGAUAUCCUCGACGCUCUCACCAAAGACUUUUUCGCACGGAAGGGUAAUCCAAUCGAAGAGACAGGCGACCUAGCCGAGGUCCAGGCGCGGCCCGAUGAGGUGGGCUACGAGCCGGUCUCAUCCACCCUGUGGCGGCAGCGCGAGGAGUAUUGCGCCCGCCUUAUACAGAACGCCUGGCGGAAGCACAAACAGCAGCGGCUUGGCGGGCCGAGCGAGGAGAGCGACGAUCCGGAUACGGAUCUGUGCGUACGGCAGACCAAGGUGCUGGUCGAGAGCGACGGUUACGUCACGAAGAACGGUCAUCGCGUUGUCAUACACAGCCGAUCGCCGAGUGUCACUUCGAGAACCGCGGACGUCUGAUCGCCAUCGUCGUCGUCGCCGCCGUCGCAGCUGCCGCAGCAGCCACCGCCGCCAUCCGUGCGCCGAAAAUCGCUCUAUCGCAGCAGCCGCAGUCGCAGCAGCAGCAGCAGCAGCAGCAGCAGCAGCAGUUGCAGCAGCAGCAGUAGCAGCAACAUCGUCGACGACGAUGAUCACGCAUCAUCAGCCGCUCGCACUGCUCGUGCGAAGUAGUGGCCGGGCGGGCACCUCGCGUGCGCUCUCCAUCGACAGCCUUAUAGUUGUAUAAAUAACAAUUCCUCCAACGAGUUGCCUUUAAUCGACUUUAAACGAGCCACGACCGUUGGGAGAGAGAGAGAGAGAGAGAGAAGAGAGACACGUCCCUAGUUAGACGAGCGUCCGUAUGAAGUACACGAGGAGACUGCGACUGCGUCUACAUCACCAGUUUGAAAGUGUGCUGCUGUCGCCGAUCGCCGAUUCAUACGCAAUUUACCGAAGAUCGGCUUUAUUUGACCGUGGCGUCCGGAUCGCAAAAGAUGUCGCGGGAGCGCGACACGACUUCAAGAUACACGAGAAGAAGCAAGAAGAGAGACUACGAAGACACGAAGAGAAAUAUGAGGAGGGAAGGCCGAAACGUCGCAACGUCCUCUCCGAGUCUGACUUCCCCAUAUUAAGACUCGUGGAACGUGACAUCGCGACGCGAAGAGAAAAAGAGAGAGAGAGAGAGAGAGAGAGAGAGAGAGAGGGAGACUAUCUCGUUUUUUCUCGUGAGCCUCGCCUCUGUUCCUCGUCGUUCGAUUAAAGAGUAUCCGCGCGGACCCGCGUUAGUCGCGCGCGACGACGGCCGCGCAUCGAGGCGACGCGCGACCUCUUGUCUACACCAUCUUGUACACAUUAGCUCAAUCUCGCGAAUCUCUAUAUCCGCCGUUUGGAUUUUUUACACCGUUUUACAGCAGUAACCCGCCUACUCGCCCCCGCGCGACGCCGCGACGCCUCAGGCGCCGCCGUCGAGCCCCGUUGCGGCGACAUUCGCUUUAAUGAACGAUAUUGUAUAAUCGUAGUUAUGGCAGGGAGGAACGAAGGGAAAGUAGACGCGAUAGAAUGAUGAUGACGACGACGAUGACGAUGAUGAUGAUAAUGAUGAUGAUGAUGAUGAUGAUGAUGACGCUAACGAUGAUGUCGAUGAUACCGACACGUACGAUGAUCAAUUUCGAUUAACGACGAUUAGAGGACGAGCGAAAGAAAAUUUCGCAGGCGAAAGAGGACUCAUUCGUGAAAUGAAAUGUGCGCGUUAGUAGUGUUAUACAUUCGCUCGGCUUGCAAUCUCUCGCGGAAAACGGUGCGCGAAAACGCUUGAUCGCGCCGCUUGAUUCCACAAACCCCCUCUCCCGCCCCUUUUUCUCACGGACCUCACGCGACCCCGUCCGUCGGUCCCGAAGGGGAGCCGCGCGUGUCACAAGUAGUGUCACACCGUCGAUUUACGCGAAUCAAUUAAUUAACUCGCGGACUGCAAAUGUAAUACUCUCCCUCCCCGAUGCUCACAUGUGGAUUUCAAAGAUAUUUCCUUUCCCCUCUCACCCUCCCCCCCUCCUUUUCUCCUCCGCGAAGCAUCCCCAUGUUUCGGGGUCAAUGUCGACGACGUGUUCGCGUCUCUUUUUGGCCGCGUUUUGGCUUUUUUCCGAUCGGAUUUAUCGUGCGCGAAACCUUUUGCGUCCCGAUCAAGGAAAUCCGCUGAAAUUGUCGUUCCUUUUUCCUCUUUUCGGAUUCUUCUCACGGACUUAUACAUAUAUAUAUAUAUAUACAUAUAUACCUAUUUCUCUUUAUUCCCAUUUGCCUGUCUGUGCCUCCGCUCUUUCGCCGCCCUUCCCUUUUGACACUUUCGCGUCGCGAUCUUCUGUCACACAAUUAAAUGCGUUGAAGCAAUCGCGUCGAAGAAAAGUGCGUAUUGGCUUCUUAA